AUGUCUGCGAAUUUGGUUGCCGAGCCAGAAGUAAAUUCCUUUGAGUUUGUGAAUCCCAGGGACACAUAUCCUUAUCGCGAGAUCAACUUAAAACCGCCAAUUUUCAAUGAGGCUGGGGAAUCAUUGUCGCCCUCUCUAACAAUUGGGAGAGCGAGCCACAAAGGCGAGAAGUCGGAAAGACAGGAGAAGCAGGACAAUUUUCUUGUUAAUGACGCUGCUGUGAGUGCCAAUCACAUUCUAGGGUAUGUGACUCCUGUCAGCGACAGCGAAAAAUCAGCAAUCUAUAUCAAAGACGUUUCCCAACACGGGUCUUACUUGCUACGCUACGGUACCUCUGAUGCUCUAAGAUUGAAAAAGAAUGGGGCCCGCAUUAUGCUGCGCAAUGGCGAUAUCAUAGGGCUUGUUGUUCUUGGCAAGUGCCGAGUCGAUGAUCCAUUUGAGAUAUUUAGAUGCACCAAAGUGCAAUUCCAAGUGGUGACAGACUACCAAAAAAGACUGCGUGCCGUUCGGCUCAACCGCAACGAGUAUCUGAAACUGGCUAGUGAAAAGCCUGAAGAGGACCUCUGGGAUUGGACAAUUACCAAUUUGACCAAGAACGAGGUCGCGUUUGGAGGACUCAAGGACGAGCAUUUGGAAGCGCUCCGCGACAUGUGCAAGACGUCUGAGCCGCCAAUCACCGAGUCCACAUACAUUGGUGCAGGCUCUGAGGACUUUUAUGAAGAGGUUUCAGACUCAGGGAGCGAGAUGGAGUGCGGAUGUGCCGAACAUGAGACAGGUUUCUGGGCCCAUGAUUUAUCAGAUUCUGACAGCGAGGAGACGCCUAGCGAGGAGCUUGACUCUGACCAUAUAGUUGAGCUUGUGUGCGAGGAAAGCUGCAACCUGUUCAGCAGCAACGAGCAAGACUCGGACUCUGCGCCUGAGGAAGAAGCCAUUCUUAAGGAAGUGAUUGCCGAGCAUGUGGAAAUUGCCUCUGAACCAGAGAAGGAGCCCGAGAUCAAGAUCGAGUCCGACUUGGAGGAGCGUUCGUGCAGAAAGAGACCGAUCUCGGACACUGCUGUUACUGUCUACGAGAUCCAAGAGCAGGAACCGGUGAAGAAAACCAAGAAAGUGCAGGCCAAGCCGUUCCUGGCAGGCCUUGCGUUUGGCUCCGCACUGACGUUUGGUGCCCUUUCCGUGUUCGGAUCCUACAUCGAAUAA